GCAAGAUAGACUCGUGGACGUUGAUCAAGACAAGUGCUUGCUGUGAGAUGAUUAAAGCUUCCACACAGUUUAUCAGAAGAGCCUCUUCUUAUAACCAGGCAAAGGUGUUGAGGAAAUACCCGAUUGGACAGAACAUCCAUGGGUACGAGAUAACAAGAGUGUUACCAGUUCCGGAACUAUCGCUCACUGCUGUUGACCUUACCCACUUGAGAACAGGUUCCAACCAUCUGCAUAUUGACCGUGAUGAUCCGAACAAUGUAUUCUCCAUUGGAUUCAAGACAAACCCGCCUAAUGCUACUGGAGUGCCACAUAUAUUGGAGCAUACAACGCUUUGUGGUUCAGUGAAGUACCCAGUGAGAGAUCCUUUCUUCAAGAUGCUCAACAGAUCUCUCUCAAACUUCAUGAAUGCAAUGACAGGACAUGACUAUACGUUCUUCCCAUUCUCCACCACGAACUUCAAGGAUUUCGAGAACUUGAGAAGCGUUUAUCUCGAUGCCACAUUCAACCCACUGCUGAAGGAGGAGGAUUUCUUUCAAGAGGGUUGGAGACUGGAGAACGAGAACGUGGAGGACAAAGCCUCUGAGUUGACGUUCAAAGGUGUCGUUUAUAACGAAAUGAAAGGCCAAGUGUCCAAUUCGUCAUACCUUUACUGGAUCAAAUUCCAAGAGGCGUUUUAUCCAUCGUUGAACAAUUCUGGUGGUGACCCUACAAAGAUGACGUCGCUUAGUUACGAAGACCUGAUCGACUUCCACUCUAAAAAUUACCAUCCAUCAAAUGCUAAGACAUUUACAUAUGGGUCUUUCCCGUUGACUGAUACACUGAAUCAACUUGAUAAGGAGUUUGUGGGAUUCGGCAAGAGAGCGAUCAAGAACAUUGUCAAGGAACCAAUUCCGCUUAUUGAGGAUAAGACGGUUGUUUUUAAAGGGCCUGUUGAUCCAAUGGCACCUCCAGAGAAGCAGCUAAAGGCGUCUCUUACUUGGAAAUGUGGUGAGCCUUCCAACGUCUAUGAGACCUUCUGCUUGAAGUUACUAUCUAACCUGUUGAUGGAUGGCCAUAGUUCUCCGUUGUACCAAGCGCUCAUAGAGUCAGAACUUGGCGACGAUUUUACCGUGAAUACUGGUAUGGAAUCAACAACUGCUGUCAAUAUGUUUACAGUGGGAUUACAAGGACUGACAUCUGUUGAGGCCCUUGAACAAGCUGUCAAGAAAGUAUUUACAGACUACGCAGAAUUACCCUUUGAAGACAAGAAGAUUGAGGCUAUAAUUCAACAGAUAGAACUGGGUAAGAAAGAUCAAAAGUCGGACUUUGGAAUGACACUGCUUUAUGGCCUUUUACCAGGAUGGGUUAACAAAGUUGACACCUUCGAUAUUUUAGCCUGGGAUGAUAUUAUCUCACAGUUCAGAUCUGAGUACAAGAAGGGUGAUCUCUUCCAAAACCUCAUCAAGAAGUACUUCAUCGACAAACCUACCUUCAAGUUUGUUAUGGAACCUAGUGAGACCUACGAGGCUGAUGUAAAGGCUGAAGAGGACCAGAGGUUGAAGUCACACGUUGAUGUACUAACCCCAGAAGAUAAAGACGUCAUCUUUGAAAGAGGUAAACAUCUUGCCGCUAAGCAAGCAGAGGUUGAAGAUCUAAGUGUUUUACCUACAUUGAAGGUUGCAGAUAUUGAUAGACAAGCAACAUUUAAACAGGUUUCAUUCAGCGACAUUGAUGGAUCUUCUGUGCAAAGAAGAAUCACGGAUACCAACGGGUUAACAUAUUUGAGGGCUUCAAGGGAUAUUCAGAUUCCUUAUGAAUUAUACCCAUACCUAUCAUUAUUCACUGACGCGUUGACAAACUUGGGCACUGAAACACAAUCCAUGGCCGACAUUGAGGAUAAGAUCAAACUUUACACCGGUGGGUUGUCGUCAUCUGUUAGUGUUCAUUCAUCUCCAAUCGAUCUUUCUCCAAGGGUGUCCUUCAAUUUUAGUGGUGUCUCCCUUAACCAAAACGCAUCUCACAUCUAUGAAUUAUGGGAGAACUUGUUGUUGAAUACUAAUUUCAAUAACAAGGAGAAAUUGGCAACUCUGAUCAGAAUCUUGUCUUCGAACAACAUCGGCAGUGUUGCUGAUAGCGGUCACAGUUAUGCUAGAAACUAUGCUGGAGCAGCGAUUUCGACUACAAAAGCCAUCUCUGAGUCCAUUAGCGGUAUUGAACAACUCCAGUUCUUAAACAAGUUGAAUACUUGGAUGCAAGACGAUGCUACAUUCCAAUCUGAAAUUAUCGACAAACUUGUUGAAUUACAACAAUAUUUGGUGAACACGAACAGAUUACGCUUCUCGUUGAUCUCUGAUGAGGAGUCCAUUUCAAACAACGAGAAGCUGAUCUCGUCCUUUGUGGGUAAGCUUCCAUCCAGUGCCACGCCAAAUGCGCCAUUGGUGAAGAACCAUCCAUUGAAUGAGAGUAAGAAAUCUUUUAUCAAACUACCGUUCCAAGUGGGCUACGCAUCCAGUGUCUUCCGUGGUGUUCCUUACACACACGAAGAUGGUGCUAAGCUACAGGUGCUGUCGAACUUGUUAACCUUCAAGUUCUUACACCGUGAAGUUCGUGAGAAAGGAGGUGCAUAUGGAGGCGGUGCCACCUACAACGGUGCAGAUGGGUUAUUCAGUUAUUACUCUUACCGUGAUCCUAACUCUUUGAAGAGUUUGGACACGUUCCAAAAGGCUGGCGAGUUUGCCGUUGAGAACAAAUGGUCCGACAGAGACCUCGAAGAGGCAAAACUCACCAUUUUCCAAGGCCUUGAUGCCCCAAUUAGUGUCAAGUCUGAAGGAAAUACCUUAUUCAGAGAAGGAAUCACAGAGGAGAUGAGACAGAAGAGAAGAGAGCAAUUACUUGACGUUGAUGUCUACGACGUUAAGGAGGCUGCGGAGAAGUAUCUCAUUGGCCAAGAAUACAGCACUGCCGUAGUUGGCAACUCCGAGAGUGUCGCAGAGGACUGGAAAGUUGUCGAUCUGGGUGUUUAAUCCGUUUACACCUUGAAUACUUCCCUUACAUAUGUACAUAGUGUUUUAUUUAGAGUGUUGCUAUAUAAAAAUGAAAAAAAAGCCAUCAUAGAUCUCCAA